AUGUCAAGCUUCGGAUCUUGGCUCUUGUCCCUUUGCAGAUACCUACAAGUGCCAGAGUACAUUGGUACCACACCCGCAGCGUUGUUGAGCCUCGAAUACCUGACUCGGAAAAUGAUGUGCGCCAGCCAAGCAUGUGUAUCGCCUCUUGAAUCCUAUGGCGGAACCUGGCCGACAAACACGUCAUAUCAAAGAUGGAUGAGACGCGCGAGACUGACACGAAGAAACACUCGACACGACAUCGCCAUCAGCUCGUCCGCUAGAGAACCUCACGAAGUACUGGUAUAG